CAAUGUCAGGCGAGUAUGGUGGGUGUGGCAACACAUCCCUUUGAAGCUCCAAUAAGUUUUGACAGAAAAAAUGUAGAAGACUUCACUGGACCUAGAGAAAGAAGUGAUUUGGGAUUCAUUACAUUUGAUAUAACUGCAGAUCUAGAGAAUAUAUUUGAUUGGAAUGUUAAGCAGUUGUUUCUUUAUUUAUCAGCAGAAUAUUCAACAAAAAAUAAUGCUCUGAACCAAGUUGUCCUUUGGGACAAGAUUGUUCUGAGAGGUGAUAAUCCGAAGCUGCUGUUGAAAGAUAUGAAAACAAAAUAUUUUUUCUUUGAUGAUGGAAAUGGUCUCAAGGGAAACAGGAAUGUCACUUUAACCCUAUCUUGGAACGUUGUACCAAAUGCUGGAAUUCUACCUCUUGUGACAGGAUCAGGACAUGUGUCUGUUCCAUUUCCAGAUACAUAUGAAAUAACGAAGAGUUAUUAAAUUAUUCUGAAUUUGAAACAGCAUAUUUUUAUACUUAAUCAAUCGUAUCUCAUCUCUUCCCUUGCGUUCAUUUGUUUUUGGUGGUUAAUUUUUUUUGUAUGUGUAUAAGAAGUAACAUCAAAAGGCAUAUCUGAAGGGAAAGGUUAAUGUGCUACUUCAACUUAAUUUUGCAGUCAAACAAAAAAGGCCACCAGAGUGGAGUAUUAUAAUAAUAAGAAAGCAACAUAAUAAGGAUUCGUAAAAUGUUUAAAUUGGAAGUAUUCCCUGUAUUUCCAUUAUUCUUAAUGGAAUAUGAGGUGAGCAUGAAGGGCAUCUCACAUGUUUAGGUGCCAGUGGAGUUCAAAGAACUCUGUUGUGUGCCUUGUAUUCAUGCAGGUUCACAGUGGAUGGGACUUACAGGUAGACAUUCUCUUUUUAUCUCUUUUAAGGUGUGUCUGAUUAUUGGAAACAUUAACAUGGUUAUUUGGGUUAUUUGUGAGAAACCUGGAUUACAAAACAGCCAAAAGUGAUGGAAUUUUAUUCCAUUUGUCUUAGGAAUGUCCGUCAUGCUUGUUUUUCUUACAGGUGACUAGCAGCUUUCUCCACUUAAAGACUAAAUACCUCUUUAUAUGCUGUAAAUCAUUUUAACUCAUGUUAAAGUUCUUAAGUCAACCAAAUGUGUGUCUUUCAGUGCUUUCUCUAAAAAUGUUCCUUUUUAUUAUGUCUUUGUGUGAUUUUUUUUUAGCAUUGCCAUUGAUAGUUGAAAUGUUUGCAUGGUUUCCCCUGUUUGUUCUAGUGAGCAUGCCUAGUGCCACUGAGUGGUAAUUAUUUAAAAUUUUCAGUAGGUCCACAUUUUAAUAAUUGGGGUAAUCUGUUUGUUGGUGUGCUUUUCCAUUUACAAGCACUCAUGUGUUUCACUGUAUGUUAUCUUCAGUAAUCUAAUGAGGUUAAGUACAAAUGUUAGCUUUUGGCAGAUGAAGAAACUGAAACCCAGAAGUUGACUGAAUUGCUUGAAGAUAGCAUAGCUAGCAAGGAAGGGAGUUUGAACUCAGAUCUGAUUCUCUAAGCUUGUCUUUUCUCCUAUACUUCAGAUUACAGACUAAUCAAAAUUCACAUAAAAUUUUCAUCAUAUUUUUUGUUACUCUGGACAUCCUUUCUACCACUCCUAGAAGAGGUUUCCAUCCUGUACGGAAGUGACUAAUUCCCAAGUUGCCAACACCUUCAUAGCGGUAAUACCUCACUUCAUUCUCUGCAUAAAUUUGACUUACGUUAAAAGUACAAGAAUCUGAUGUAAAAAUAAUUUAGAGAUUAAAUAGAUGAUGAUACAUGAUUGACCAUAUGGUCAUAUUUAAUAUGAUCUUUUUACCUACAGUGGGCAAAUAAACAUCCUCAAAGGAAGCAACUAUGAAUCAUUUACCCUCAAAAGGAACACCAAACACUGUAGUUACACUAUGAGCAGCAACCAAAAGGGCUAAUGUUUUCUAAGACUAGUUUAAAUUAAUAGCUAAUAGCUGUUUGUUAUAUUUAUCUCAUAUGAAAUAUAUCAUCAUUUAAUUUCAUGAGUUUUAACAGCUGUCGUAUGUAGCAGCAUGUGUUUAUGGGAAAGGUCAGAGGUGUCAUGAAUACUAGAUGGGUUCAGCUCCCAGCUUUUUCUUUUCAGGGUCUCGGUUUCUUUAUCUGUAAAAGGACAGAGUGGGACUAGUUAAAUAGUGGUUCUCUUACACCACACAAGUCUAUAAUUUGUUGUAUCUGUUCAGCAGAGAGACUGAAGAGAAAAGCACCUCAGUAAUGUGAAGACAGGAAGAUGAUUGAAAGACUAAUACGUGAUUCAUAUUGAUCUGACUUUAUCUCUGUUGGGCUUUACACCAAGAAAUUACUUUAUGUGGUUUGUACAAAUAGACAUGCAAACUUAAAAUUUGGAGGCGUCAAAGCCUAAAAAUUGGGUGUGCUCUCAUUACGGAAGGCGUGCACAAUAGGUCUGCGGUCUGAACCAGACCCGGUACUGGUUUGGUAGUUCAUUAUACCUCUGUGAUGGGGGAAUCUGUUCGUUUGGCGGAGAUGAAUAUUGAAAUUGACUUGAGUUACAGUUUAUUUGACAAGCCCACCCACUUUUUUAGAGUUUGAUGAGGACGAGGAUUCUACUAGGCCCAACUAGCACAAUGAAUAAACUUUUUUGUUUUUCCUUAACUAAGGAAAACUGCUCAGGAUAAGAAUGCUCCAGCAUGGGAAUAAGAAACCUGUGUCACGGGAAUUCAUUUUUGGGUGUGCAUAGCUUCGUUAGUUUUCCAUGAUUCUUCAUUAAAAAAAUAAAUUGGACUUGUGUUCAAUUUGCUAACUAUAUCAUCUACCUUAGCAUCAGUAUUUUAAAGAAGUCUUAUAAAGUCUUCGUCGAGACCCAGGGCUUCAGACUUAUAAAAACCUAAGAUUAGAAAUGUGUGAGCCCAGAGGUGAUACUAGGAAAAGAGAACAAUUACAAGCUGCCUAUAUCUAAAGUCAUUGUGGUUAGAAAGGAGUUAAUUUUAGCAUAGGGUUACAUAAGCCCCUUUUCUCUAGCAGUUUUAUCUAAACAAGUAGCUAUAUCAGUGUUUUUUAUUCCCCCAGUUGAUUACAUCUGGUUGAUUUAUGCUUAAAGGGAAAUAAUAGAAAACUUCAGAAAUUCCUUGGGGUGUAAUAUAAAAAUGGGUUAUUUUGAAUUUCCUUUCUUGGAAUUAUUUUAUAGUUCUUUGGUGGGUAUGGCCAGCCUAGUGUAGCACUAAAAGGUGGGCUUUAAGGUUAUAAUGAACUCUUUUUUCACCGUUCUAUCUAAAGCUUUGGAUCUUUGCGGUAUAGGUUAAUGGAGGUGUUAUUUUAUAAUACUUUGAAUUGACAUGAAAGGGGUUUAUUAUGGGGGGGGAAACCAUAAGCUGUGAACUUUGGUAGCAAACAAACAUCUGUCCAUUUCAGAACCUUUCCUUGCUUUUAGCAAAGAGCCUGUGUUCAUUUUAUGUGACUGCCAGUGGUUUAAGGAGAUCUGUUUCAAAAAGUUGCAUGUUUUGAUGCAAUUUGGAAAAUUGUUUACUUCACAAAUACAGAUUCAUAAGAACAAUUCAUGAAAAUACUGAAGAUACGUUUGAGGAUUUUCGUAAUUGCAAUAAAUAGCAUUUUUCUAAUGAAAAUGAAUUUUGUUCAUGAGUAAAAGUAUGCAUUUCUAAAGAUUUUCAAACUUAUGCUUUCUAUGUGAAGCUGCUGAACUAAAAGAAAAGGGAUGAAACCAAGUCUAGUAAACUUCGGUUUUUCCUUUUUUUGUUUCUUUUCUCUCUCUCUCUCUCUCUUUUUUUUUUUUUUUUGUGGUGUUGGUCGGGGGAGGUGAAUUACAUCUAAAAUCUCUCCAGAGACUGGAUGCUCCUACAGUAGACUGUAAGCUCUUUGAGGGCAGUCUUGUCGGGUUUAUAACUGUAUUUUCCCCAGCGCCUAGCAUAGCGCUUUGCACACCUAGUAGGCGCCCAAUAAAUAUUGAUGAUGAAUGAA